UCGUGUACGGUGUACAUAGUAUGGCAGACAUUGGCAGACCGUGUAAACAUUCCCUCACAAUGAAUCAUGCAGGUGUGGACCUACAUUACACCUAACCAUUCAGGUGUGGAGUUGUGUGCUGCAUUUUUCACUAACACGCAUCAGUGAUCAAGAUAUAUUUCAUUGCAACUGGUUAUUCUUCAUCUAAAUGUGCUACCAUGGAGUCACUAGAUAUCCAGCAUGUCAGAAGGAAGACUGUUCAUGUAGCUGAACCUUACUUCGGUGUGAAUUCCAUGAGUGUUCAACUGAUAUACAGACAAUUUCUUGCUGCAACCUUUAUGGUGGGGCUGUUCCUGUGUUCAUUUGCUGAAGGCUCUGAAGAUAAUGUCAAGUGCAACAAUCUCCAAAUAGGACAGUAUGUGUGUGAGGAUCCGGUCAUAGACCCAGAGACACAAGCUGCAGUCAACUGUCUUCCAGAGAGGCUAGUCACAGUUGGCUGCAUGCCAGUGGCUGGUACCCAAUGUGAUGGGGAGAUUUACAAUGGCUCGACAGUUGCACCAGAUUUAAAGAGAAUGGUUCCCUGUAGAUACACGACUGGUUACUCCUACAAUACCUCGCUGCUGUUGUCCAUAUUCCUGGGCAUGUUUGGUGUAGAUCGUCUGUAUCUAGGCUAUCCUGCACUAGCUCUACUCAAGUUCUGUACUGUGGGUCUUCUCUUCAUUGGCCAUUUCCUAGAUGUCAUACUUAUAGCUUUGCAGGUUGUAGGCCCAGCUGAUGGCUCAGAUUACAUCCUUGAUUAUUAUGGACCUGUGCUUCAGAAAUCAAAUCUGGACAAUUAUACAUAUUACAUGCCUAACACUGACUGAACCGUGUCAACAUGUCAAGGAAACUAGCCAAGGAUGGCAUGGAAACUGCAUCGUCUUAUUUUCAAGACUCCUCCAUAUGGUGACGUUCUCUCUGUGUUUGAGAUGUGACAAGAAAAACUUCCAACAUGAUAAAGAAUGAUAAGAGAUAUUUGUAAAAAAAAAAGAAGAAGACACUCUUUUGAGUUUUCAAGGUAAUAAACUUCAGAACAAUACAAUGGAUGAUAAGAUCUUCAGUUGGGGAAUAACAUUGAAGAGGGCCCUGUGUGGACAACAAGAACAAUUUUGCCUGAAGAUGAGAACAUCUGAACUUCAGCUGAGCUCAUGAGCCACGAUAGAUUGGAAUCUUUGUCAUAGAAUUUGAUGACAUUGUGAUCUUGAUAUAGGCUUGAUCAGCAAUGAACAAAGGAUUGAGUGACAUGAGUAGGAGUUGAACCCAUUUUGCUGCAGUGGAAACCAAGGCAAGUGCUACCUGUGAAACCAUGACCUCCACACAGUGACAGACUGGGGCUCAGUCAUAUCCACAUACAUAUGAUUUUAAACCAUGGUGCAAACGUGGAAUGUAAAGUACAGUACUUGUAAAUGUAUCAGAGAAAAUGGUUGCAGUAUUUAUGGAAACAAGUGAAGUGGCAGUUGAACCUCCAUAUCACGUGUUUGAUCAAAGCUUCAUGCUCCUCAUCAAUUCAGACCUCCCUGGUCAAUACUUCAACAAAAACAGAGAAUUUCUAGAAAGAGAAAGGGCUGAAUUUUAAUUUGAAUUCAUCUCUUUUAGACGUGGCCAUGUGAUGGUAUUUUGUAAGCUUGCAACAAUUUUAAAUUUUGGUAUCAAUGUGACUUUGUGUUGCAGUAUAUAAAUAUAAAAAAUCCAACAUAUGUGGUUAUAGACCCUAUUUGUAGAUUACGUGAGUGGGGCUUUUAUUAUACAGUUUGAAGGGCAUGCCUUGUAAACUGCUUUUUGGGGAAAAGUUUGACAAGACUGGACAGAUCAUUCCUUUUAGCUUUUGGGGGUUUUUUUUUUGGGGGGGGGGGGGGGAUAGGGUCCCCGAUAGACUGCAAGUGGACCUGGGCAGGCAGACUCCCUGUUUCUACAAAAAUUAUUGAAUAUUCAAUUUAGCAGUCUGCACAAUUCUCACCUAUUCAUAUUUUUGGACAAACUUAGUUAUAAUGUAUUAUACUGUUUUGCAAACAAUCUCUUAAUAAAGGAAAUAAAUGGUAACCUGUG